UCGAGCCGGUCUCGAGCGCUGUUGGAAAGGGGGCGCGGAGCCGGGGCUGCUCGCGGCCAUGACUGACAUUCUGUGCGAUUGGCUGAACCGGGAAGUGAAGCUCUCUCGGGCCGUGGAUCCGGAGUCCUUCUCCAGAGAAUUUUCUUCAGGUUACCUCAUUGGAGAACUUCUAAACAAGUUUGAACUUCAGGAUGACUUUGAUCAGUUUUCGCAAAGCAGGGUUUCCAAUGCAAAACUUAAUAACUUUUCUCGCAUGGAGCCCACACUUCAACUUCUGGGCGUGCAGUUUGACCCAAACGUAGCCCGAAACAUCAUGACAGAGCAGCAUGGAGCUGCUACCAAACUCAUCUACCAGUUGUACGUGGCUCUAGAGAAAAAGAAAAAAGCGGGACUCACUGGAGUUGCCAUGGAUGCCAUGAGACCCUCAGCUCAUGCGAAGCUCAGAAGCUUGGAAACGGAGAUGUAUCGAGAGCGCCUUAAAGCCCUCAUGCCGCGUCAGGCUGACCUGUCACUCCAGCAGAUUUCAGACAGUUUUCAAAACAAAGCCAAGAACCUGGAAAAUCAAAUGGCUAAUAUGCAAUUUGAGAAGCAACAGCAAGCAAAGAAACUCCAGGAGGAAAAAAGAGUUCAAGACAUGGAAAAGAAAAUCGUAGAAAAGCGAAGGCAAAAUGAAAUCAUGGCUAAGAUUCAAGCAGCAAUUAUCCAGAUUCCAAAACCAAUGCCGCAGCAUACGGUCAAGGCGAUUGAAGACCAAAAACUGCUGAAAAAGAAAAGGGAAGCAGAGAACACAUACACAGAAAUUCAGAAGUUUGAAAAGCAGAUGAGGAAAGAGACUAUCAUGCCCGCCAAACUCACUGAGAGCAUGAUGCAGGUGGUCAUACAAGCUAGAACCCCAGCCAUCACUGAGCUAUUGAACACCUACUCGGAUGAUGAAUACAUCAGGAAAAUUCAGAAACGGCUCGAGGAGGACACCUUUGCUCGUGAACAACGGGAGAAAAGGCGCCGGAAGAUGCUGAGAGAGCAAUUAAUAGCCCAUGAAGCACAAGAAGAGGCCUAUAGGGAAGAACAGCUCAUCAACCGGCUGAUGCGACAGUCCCAGCAGGAGCGGAGGAUUGCUGUACAACUUAUGCACGUGCGGCACGAGAAAGAAGUGAUGUGGCAGAACAGGAUUUACAGAGAAAAACAGUUUGAGGAAAGGCGCCUGAAAGAAUUCCAAGAAGCUCUUGACAGAGAGGCGGCUCUUGCAGAACAAGAGAAAAUUGAGCUUGAGGAACAGGCCCUUAAAGAAAAACAGCUGCAUGAGAAACUUGCUGCCGAAAGAGCAGAGGCUCGCUAUAGGAAGCAUUAUGGAAUUUGUUGGGAAGUGGUUGAACAAAUUAUUGACUUAGUGAACAAAAUAGGAGAAUAUAGAACACUGACAAACAACUUAAUCCCAGUAAAGUUGAUGCGUGACUGGAAGGAGCUGUUCUUGAAAGGGAAACCAAUUUAUGAGCAAGCGGAGAUCGAUCCUUUGCCAGCCAAGCCGACCUCAGAACAAUUAGUAGAACUGGACAAAAUGAAUUUGCUAGAUGAAAAAGAUUAUGAUGAAUAUAAGGUACUCCCAACUGACAUGGCCUAGUGGAAGAACAUGCAGCUCAUAGAACCAUUGCUCAUGACUGCCACCUUUUCCCUGUGGUGCAUAGAUUUCAUAUAACCAUUUAUAUUAGUUUAAAACACAUUUUCGCAUGGUAAAAUGUACUCCUGCUCUGUUUUGCUGGGACUAGAUGAAGCCUUGAUUCAUUGCCAGUUUGGAAAGUUGUGCUAUCCUGAACCAUUUUAUUAUUUGGCCCAAACAAUGCCGUAGCAUCAAUUUGCAAAAAAUCACCAAGGUUGCAUUAAAAGAGUACAUAGCUAUUA